CUCCCGCCCGGCUCCGAGCCCUCGUCCAGCCGCCCUCCAGAGCCUCGCCUUUCUCCCGCCCGGCCAGAUGAUGAACUUUCUGCGGCGCAGGCUCUCGGACAGCAGCUUCAUCGCCAACCUGCCCAAUGGCUACAUGACGGACCUGCAGCGGCCGGACCCGCAGCAGCCGCCGCCGCCGCCGCCCUCGGCCUCCUCGGCGCCCGCCUCGGGCUCCCCGGCCGCGGAGCGCCGGCAGCCGCCGCAGUCGGCGCCCCCCCAGCAGCAGCCGCCGCCGCCGCAGCAGUCGGCGGGCAGCAGCUUCUUCAGCUCCCUGUCCAACGCCGUGAAGCAGACGGCGGCCUCGGCCGGGUUGGUGGACCCCACCUCCGCCUCGUCGGCCGCCGGCAGAAAGUUCAAGCUGCUGCUGGUCGUCGACGAGCCGCACACGGACUGGGCCAAGGCUUUUCGUGGAAAAAAGGUCCAUGGAGAAUAUGACAUUAAGGUUGAACAGGCAGAAUUCUCAGAAAUCAACUUGAUAGCCCAUGCUGAUGGCAAUUAUGCAGUAGAUAUCCAAGUAUUUCGGAAUGGCACUAAAGUUGUCAGGUCAUUCAGACCUGAUUUUGUCCUCGUUCGGCAACAUUCAUUCAGUAUGGCAGAAAAUGAAGAUUUCCGAAACUUGAUCAUUGGCCUGCAGUAUGCAGGCAUCCCCAGUGUCAACUCCUUGGAAUCAAUCUAUAACUUCUGUGACAAACCAUGGGUGUUUGCCCAGCUGGUGUCUGUCUACAAAACUCUGGGUCCAGAGAAGUUCCCGUUAAUUGAGCAAACGUUCUAUCCAAACCACAAGGAAAUGCUAACAAUGCCGACUUUUCCUGUUGUUGUGAAGAUUGGACAUGCUCAUUCAGGCAUGGGAAAGAUCAAGGUAGACAACCACUACGAUUUUCAGGACAUAGCCAGCGUGGUAGCACUUACUCAGACCUACGCCACUACUGAACCGUUCAUAGACUCCAAAUAUGACAUCAGGAUCCAAAAGAUAGGCAGUAACUACAAAGCAUACAUGAGGACUUCCAUAUCUGGAAACUGGAAGACAAACACAGGCUCUGCAAUGUUGGAACAAAUUGCUAUGUCAGAUAAGUACAAGCUUUGGGUUGACACCUGUUCUGAAAUAUUUGGUGGUUUGGACAUCUGUGCUGUUAAAGCUGUACAUGGAAAGGAUGGAAAAGAUUAUAUUUUUGAGGUAAUGGACUGUGCAAUGCCUCUGAUCGGUGAGCAUCAGAUCGAAGACAGGCAACAUAUAACUGAAUUAGUUGUAAGCAAAAUGAACCAAAUGUUGUCCAAAACUCCUAUACCAUCUCCUCAGAGACCCACUGCCACUCAGCAGCCUCAGAAGCAGACAAUGUCUUCAAGAAUUCUGAGACUCCAUGGUGACUCACCUCAAGAACAAAGAAAAUGUACUUAAUUCUUAAGUAAUCAAGAGCAUUCCGAUGUAGAGUAUAUGUUCUCAGUAGAUCUUUCUGAGAAACAGCUUCCAUUUCUCACAUUUUUGGGAGUCUUCAAGAAGAUGUCUUCAAUCUGUUAUGUAGCAAAACUCAGUCUUUCAAAAUUAAAACGAGGAAUGAUCCUAUCACUAUGGAACACGUAAGUGUUGCCACAUAAACAGAUACAGAGUCUAAGUUAGAUCUCUUUGUUUUGUCUUAGUGCUAUAAUUACAACCAUAUAAAAACCUCUAUGUUUUUUCUAUUUUGUCAUAUUUUUCAUCUAUUUCUACUGAUUCUACUGAUUUUGCUUAUUUAAGCUGAACCUAAUAGAAUCAUCUUUUCUUGGAGGUUUUUCCUUCACCUCCUUUCCUUUCCCCACUGUGCUGGGUGUUUCCCUUCUACUUUUGUGUUAUCAUUCUCUGUUGGCACUUGACUUUUUAAAUUUGAUUUCUCUGAAUUUUAAGUCAUAACCUGUUAGGCAAAGCCAUCUGGCUUUAUUCCACAUUUAACUUACAAGGAUUCUAUCUAUCUACCCAGUAGUCAUCACCAUAGUUUAUUCUGAAUAAGGAUCACAUGCUAAAUAAGCAUUACAGGUUUUGAACAUGGGUAAAAACUACCAAGAGAAAUUACAGAACAAUCCAAAACAGUGCAACUCAUUUUCAGAUAUUCUUGAAUGAUCAAUUGGGAAAAAACAAGCAACCUCUCUGUUCCUCCACCACUCGUCUAGUGGUGGAUCAGUGCUCCAUCUGCCUAGUUGCCAGUAGUUCAAGCUUCUUUUCACCUGUUCAAAGAUUGUUCUCCAGUAUCUCCUAACUUGUAAGAGACUCAAGAAGGUUCUCAGAUUCCAACAAGUCACCAGCGAUGCCCACACGUGGCUCUGUGCUUGUGCUGUAUCAGACAAAGCAAGGAAAGAAGCCCACACAACAUUGGCAGACAGGUCUUACGUUCUGUUUGAGUUCUGAACUUCAGUCUUCUCUGGGGUAUGGCUCUUAGCUCACUGACUUGUCCUUUCCCAAGCCUUUUCCUGCUCCACCAUUCUGUAACACUGAUACAACAAUAUUCUGACAAACUACUCAUUUUAAGACCAGACUUGAGUUAGCUCCAUCUUUUUUCAGACCUUCUGUUUCAAAGCACAGAUUUCAAUUCUGAAUGGAUCCAGUAAUGAUGGAUCAUUGUGACUCCAGGUUUUAACUCUUCCUGUUCAUGAAAGGAUCACUUGUCAUCUCAUAUUAAGAAGACCAGAGGAGCUGAUACAGCAUAGCAUCAGACAACAUCCCUGGGUCCCGAGCUUAGAACAUUCCUUACAGUUUCAAAUAAGAGCACAGGAUAUUGACACUAGCAAGCUCUAAGCUACAGGUAUCUAUGUACACUGAGAAACAUUUAAGGAAGAUUAACUUUCCAGUAACUAGAUAGUCUUCUAGAUAUGCUGUACCACUUUCAUCUUCCUGUCCAUCUAUCUUACAGCUCUCUUUCUGUGGUAUAAAUAUGCACACUCAUUACAUUUCAGUUCCAGCUGCUUUAGCACACAGGGAGCUCUCUCCUAUCACAUAGUCCACAUUCCUUCUUUGUCUGUGGGGAGCAAUUUUUUACUGGGAAGAACUGCCUGACAGCUGCUUUGCAACAGCAUACUUUUUAUGUUCCCUUUUCAAAAACUGAAGUUGAAAUCUGGCUUCAUUAAGCAAUAGUUGCAAUAAAAUCAGAUUGCAUCCUUGUCCAUUAGAAUUACCAUCUGUCUCUGGAAUGGGACCAGUUAACUUCAACAAGUGCUGCUACUUGUUAAGAAACACUUUUUUUCUGACAAGUCGACAUCCUACAUUUUGUAUAGAAAUGUCAUGUUUUGUGGUAGUGAGAUAUUUCUUUUUUUCAGCAAAAUAAUAGAAAAUAGAUCUGGCAUAGGCAAUGUGAUGUCACCUGUUUCAUUGUCUAAGAGAAAAUAUUGAAGUGUGCCAUUAAAUAGCAGUGAAUCUACACUAGGAUAUUCUUUUUUCAGAGUAUGUGUAAAAAUACUCAGGAAGAAAACUCUUCUCUAGGAAGAAAUUAGUUAUCUAACAAUAGAAAGCACUUUGUAUACAAAACAUAAGCUAUAGUACUUUUUGAUGUUUAAAACCAAAACUUUUUCAGUGCAUGAUGUAAAUACUGUUCCAAGUAAAAAUUAAGCUGCAUAGCUUGUUUUCUCCUCUUAGCAGUCAUUUCCCUUCUCGUUCAGAGGAAGAUCUUACAGGUCUUUCAUUGAUAAUUCGGAAAGCUGGCUGAGCAACAACAAAAGCUGGUCUGAAGUUUUUAAUUCUGUAUCACAACUUCAAAAUGAAGAUGUUUUGUGCUGGCAUCAGUUUUGCUGAGAAUAUGUUUGGGGCAAGCUGAACACUGAAACUCCAAACAACUGUAAAAUGUGGGAGUGGGUUCUCCUUUCACUGGCCUCUUUGCACGAGGUGGUGAAAGUGGCUCCUUUCUGAGGUGUGCCUGACCACGCCUGUCUUACGAUUAGAAUCAGGCCUAUUUCACUGCCUGUCUCAGUCCACAAUGAAUAGCAAAAAGCUUUGUUGUCAUGUUAAGCUCUACUACCAAGGAAGCAUUUAUGAGUCACUUACACCACGUUCAUCCUGUAGAGAGUAAGGUCUGUUCUAGCAACUGGUGAGUACCCUUACCAUACACUGCACACUGAAGGUAGAAAACAGCAACAAGGUGCUAAGGAGUUUCUUAUUUUUUGAUUCUCCAUAUCACAAAGUCAAUUCAAGAUCUCAGUGUUUUGCUAAAUAAUACAGUAGGUGCUUAUUUACAACCCAGUUUUAUUCAGCUAAUGCCUGUUUCUUCUUGGUUCACAUUGUCCUUUAGUGCAGCUUGUUCCCUAUCUAGUGCUUUGCCAUUACAGUGCUGUAAAAAGAACUGUACUGCCUUCAAGCCUCUUUGGCUGAAUUAAGCUAGCUGAGUUCUUCCAAAUGCUCUAGCUACACACUCUUCCAUCUGCCUGCUCAGUUUAACAGUGCCUUUCUACAUCUGAUGAGCUUAUAUUCAUCUUUCUUUACCAGGGGUGAUGUUCUUCCAUUGUAAGGACUAAGUAAGUAUUUGUAUCUAGGAGACUUUUAAUGCAAUCAUUUUCUAUUGACAUCCUGCUUAAAUGAUCCAAAUUACCCCUCUGCUUUGCAAUCACAUUUCUUCCUUUAUGCAAUCAAUCUCAGAUUGUACUUUGGCAAUUCUUAAUUGAUCCUACUAUUUCUUGAUCUGAAAAAUAUGGCUUUCUUUUCAAAUAUUGAAAUACCUAUGAGAAGCUUCUAUCAUUGCAUUACAAAGAAAACCAAAUGAAACCCAAAAACAACAAUGCAUGCUCCAACUUUGGUUCACAAAAGCUUCAAACACAGCCAAAUCAAUAUCAGUUUUAGCUGGGACUCAGUUUAAGAUCUCUCUUGCCUAUGGGCUAUUUUACUGCCAAGUUGCUGCUUUUGCUUCCACCCUUUCAGCAUUCUUCUGAUUAUUCAAAAUUCAAAUAUAUAUGAAUCUAAUCUGCAUUUACAUAAACAGAUAGAAAAACAAGUAGCAUGACUGAUCAAACUGUAAUACGGCAUGCUUUAAGAACACUGUUCUACACCAGUUUUACCUAAAGAAUUCUAAGCAUAUUGCUUCAGGUGAGUAUGGAAAAGAAGAAGGGCUACAGAGACAUCUAUGGGCACUUAUAUUUUACACAAGUAGCUGGGUUUCUGCUCUGGCUGUAAUGAACUUAGCCAAUAUUCUAAAGACCAUUAUGCAGCCAAAGCAUUGAUUUUUAUACUCAGAUCUGAGAAGUCACUACUGCAUUCCUAAAGUAUUCGUGGGACUUUCUGCUUCCACAAGUAGAGUUAUAGUUUUUCUAAUAGUUACGUAAACAAUAAAUUCCCUUUGAAAAGGAGAGAUUUUGUAACCAUAGCCAGAGAAUGUUACUAUCAAUAUCAGCAAUCCUCUCUUUUGGGAAUUUUGAUGUGAUAUAAAAGCUGCAUUCCUGAAAUGAAAGCAACAAGGGCUUCUUCCACAGCAUUUACCACACCUCACUUAGUAUAAACCAUUCAGCAUGGCUUAAAAUUCCAUGCUGAAUGCUGUCAUUUCCCAUUCUCUGCACUAGUAAUUGCCAUACAGUAUGGUACUACUAACUGGCAAGCCUUGAGCAUACAAAUAAGAAUCUGUUCAGGGCCAUUUUCCAUUAUAUAGUCCACAUUCUAAUCCUUCAUUCUUGCAGUGUUUGAAUUAAGCAGUCAGCAAGUUUGUAGAUGAGAACUGCAGUGCAUGAAAACAUGUUUGUACUGAAAGAAACUGGUAGGAGGGUGAUCUUCUAGGCUGGGCAACAAAGGAAAUAAAAGAAAAAAAGAACAGGAGGGGUGAAAACAUCUGCAGGACAGGUCUAGUCCAGCAUCGCUGUUCAGAGAGGCUGUGCCGCGUACAUGGAGUUAGCAGCUCUUACAAUUACAUUGGCACACCAUGCUGGAGAGGUGAGGAGUAACAGACUGCAGUCAAUUUGCCAACAAGUGGUGUUUUAGAAGAAGCCUGGAUUUUAUUAAAGACCUUGGCUCAGGGCAGCAAACAAGAGUGGUUCAAAGCCUGUGUUUAAUAUCAAGUAUCAAGGCUUCUGACUGUCUCGGGGAAAAAGAAAAAAAAAAAAAAAAACAACCCAAAAAAACCCUCUUGAAAAAGA